AUGGUGUUCAGGUCGCCCGUCGAGCUUUUCUCCACCCCUUGUCUCCUCCUGCCACCGCCGCCGCCGCCCCAUCACUUCGCGGACGGGGCCGCACUCCCGCCCCAUUCCCGAGGGGAACUGGGGGAGGAGGAGAUGGAGACCACCAUCCCGGGAUCCCCCGGCGGGCCAUGGGGGGCUCUUCCGGGUCUGUGCUUCACGGCGGCGCAGGUGGCCAGCGUGUGCGAUGCCCUAGAAGAGACGGGGGACGUCGCGCGGCUGGCCCGCUUCCUCUGGUCGCUUCCGAUGGGGGCAGGCACUCGCGGCGACCUCAUCGCCGAGCAGGAGUCGGUGCGGCGGGCUCGCGCCGUGGUCGCCUACCACAGCGGCCGGUACCGCGAGCUCUACCGCAUCCUGGAGACGCACCGGUUCGCGCGCGCCUCGCAUGGCAAGCUGCAGGCCAUGUGGCUCGAGGCGCACUACCGCGAGGCGGAGCGGCUGCGAGGGCGGCCGCUGGGGCCCGUGGACAAGUACCGCGUGCGAAAGAGGUUCCCGAUGCCGCGCACCAUCUGGGACGGGGAGCGGAGGACGCACUGCUUCAGGGAGCGGACCCGCGGUCUGCUCAGGGAGUGUUACCUGCAGGACCCCUACCCGAACCCUGGGAAGAAGCGGGAGCUGGCACACGCCACUGGGCUGACGCCGACCCAGGUGGGCAACUGGUUCAAAAACCGGCGACAGAGGGACCGGGCGGCGGCAGCCAAAAACCGAUUGCAGCCCCACGGGCUGGGUCCCGGCGGCACGCGGGCCCUUAGCGGAGCUGAAUGCAGCCCAGACAGCACGGCGGAGCCGGUGGACACGGAGACACUUCUCUUGGUGACCGACAGCGACUCUGACUUUGACGUCUGA